AUGUCAGAAUACUUGUUGUUUCUCCUUCCCUUCUUUUCCUCGUUUCUGCUAGAGUCGUUGUCCAUCAAACCAGUGGCAAGUUGCGAUUUCAACGAUGGAGAGACGUGUGGUUGGAUGCAUGAGGAGGCUGUAUGGACACAUCAAUGGGAAGUUGAGCAGAGUUAUCUCUGCCUCAAGGUUAAAACUCCCAUCUUACCGUCCAAAAAGAAGCCUUCAUGGCUUCUGGGUCUCGCCACUAGCCAAAGGAAAUCCUCUGCAGACAUUCGAGUUCGAUUCAUCAGUCCUCCCGUGCCCUCUUCGCUUGGGAUGAAGUGUAUCGUUUUUGCUUAUUCCAUUGAUGGACCUUUCUGCCAUUUGGGAAUGCUGUCUCAGGAGGAUGGGUACUUCUCCAGUAAAAUAUUGAUUUUAAGAGGUCUCUUGCCCGUACUGAAUGUACGGGACUGCCUCUGUCUUAGGCCUAAAAUACUUUCAAGCUCCUCCAAAAAGAUCUCUUGGCUCCAAUGUCUUUUUAUUGAUCAAUCAGGUGACGAGAAUGAUGUUAGCGCUUGGUUUUCAAGUCGUCCCAUCUCUGCUCUCCUGGGAAUGAAGUGCGUCACGCUUAAAUAUAUGAUUGGUUUUGGAAAGAAGGAGUUCUCGAAGCCUCUCCUUGCUUCAGUAACAAAAAGGGAGACCUCUUCUCGUCUCUGGGGUCCUAUCAUGGCUAGCGAUUUGGGAAUCAAAUGCUUCGCCAUCCAGUAUGCAAUCGAAGGAGCUGGUCAUAGUGCCAGUCUAGCUCUUCUCCAGCAAAGUUCUGGUCCUUUCCAUUUUUUUUCUGUAGAAAUCCCUCCAAAACCCUUCUUUGCGUGGACCUUCAAUGAAAAUACAGGAAAAUGGGUCAACGAUGCCGCGAAUUGGCAUCAGAAAUGGGAGCUUAUUAAUGGAGCUAUUUGCUUACACAAUGUACCGUCUGAGCCUGAGGAGUCCGAUGAUAAUAUGUUUUGGUUAUCUCUAAAUGCUCUGAGCGAAAGUGUAGCUGAAACCCCAAAGGCACUACUUUGGAGUCCGCCAAUUCCACAAGUUGUUGGAAUGCGAUGCAUUACGAUGAACUACUGGAUUUACAUAGUCUCCAACAUCUCAGAGUCAUGUCGUCUCGCCAUGUUGCAACAACAGACUGGGUGA